AUGACCGACUCGAGCCAGCGCCGGUUCCGCGGAUGCGCUGCCAUUGACGACUUCGACAUUGUGCAGAAGCUGGGUGAGGGCACAUUUGGUAUCGUCUCCAAGGCCCGCUCAAAACGAACCGGAGCCAUCGUUGCCCUCAAAAAGAUCUUGAUACACAACGAAAAGGAUGGCUUUCCCAUCACUGCUCUGCGCGAGAUCAAGCUGCUCAAGAUGCUGUCUCACGCAAACGUCUUGACCCUCCAGGAGAUGGCUGUCGAGCGCCACAAGAGUACGCUAUACCAAUCCGACCCAUGUCCACCUUCGCCUAACCCCGACUAUAGAANNGACGUCAAGAAGCGCGCCACUCUCUACAUGGUCUGUCCAUACAUGGACCAUGAUCUCUCGGGAAUGACCACCAACCCCGACAUUUCCUUCACCGAGGCUCAGAUCAAAUGCUACAUGCUACAACUGCUCGAGGGCUUGCGCUAUCUGCACGACAGCCACAUCUUGCACCGCGAUAUGAAGGGUAACCUGCACCGCACCCUCUCCCUCUUGAUCGAGUCUUUCUCUGACGCUCAACAGNCCGCAAACAUUCUCAUCAACAACCGCGGUCUACUCCAGAUUGCCGACUUUGGUCUCGCUCGUCACUACGAUGGCCCUGUGCCCCAGCCUGGCCGAGGCAACGGCGACGCAGUACGCGACUACACCACCCUUGUCGUAACACGAUGGUACCGUCCUCCGGAGCUUCUCCUGCAGCUGAGACGAUACACUCCGGCCAUAGACAUGUGGGGCGCUGNNGGUUUGUUGCUUCUUACUUUUCUGGAGUCUUCUUUUCUGACAUUGGGCAGCUGCGUUUUCGCCGAAAUGUUUGAGGGACGACCCAUCCUCGAGGGCAAAUCCGAUCUCAACCAGGCCCAAAUCAUCUUCGAGUUGGUCGGUUCGCCCAACGAGGACAAUAUGCCUGGUUGGUCGCAACUUCCCGGAUGUGAUGGCGUCAAGGAAUUUGAGCCCCAACGUGGUUCUCUGCGACAACGGUUCCGCAACUUGCAUCCAGAAGCUCAGAAUUUGCUUGCAGAACUGCUCAAGCUGGAUUGGCGCAAACGUAUCAAUGCCUGGGAUGCUCUGCAGCACCCAUACUUCAAGACUCACCCGCUUCCUUCACGCCCUGAGGACCUACCACGCUUCGAAGAGUCGCACGAGCUCGACCGCAGAAAGCAUCAUGAGAAGCGUGCUGCCAUGCCUCCUGCCCCAGCUGGUGGAACUGUUGGUAUGGGCCCCGACGAGGCUUGGGGUGCAGGUGGUGGCCGCAACUACGGUCCUCCAAAUGGUUAUUCCGGCUACGACCGCAGAGCUCCACCUCGCGACCAAAGGGUCCCACCCCUCCGCCGAGAGCUUACGACUCGCGCCCUCCUUCACACGACACCCCUCNCACUAGCGAGGAGACCAGCAUGGCAAAAUGGUUCCGACUCGCGCAGACCUCCAUUGCCACCACCGCAUACGAAUGGCUCCUCGCAUCUACCACCACCUCCUCCAGACAAUCGUCUUCCUCCUCGACCUCCGCUGCCGCCACUAGAUGGUGGCCGUCUCCCACCUCGCCCUCCACCCGCGAAUGCUAGAAGCGGUCCGAACAUCGAUACAUACAUUCCAAGCUAUUCUGCUGCGCGCCGUGACGACGCUGCACCGCCCAAUGGCAGGCGAAACUCCCGUGAUCAUGGAUACUCUCGAGACCGCCCUCCACCGAAUGGAAGAGAUAGAGAUCGCAGGACUCGUAGCAGGAGUCCGGAUCGUGAGCGUCGCGAGAGAUUGCAGGAUAGAGAACGCGAGCUAUACAACCGCCGUUGA